AUGGGCACGCGUGGGCCCUGCGCGCUGGUGGACACCACACCUGCCAAGACCAUCCUGGUGUACCGCAACGGGGACCAGUUCUCCGUGGGCCGCAAGUUCGUGCUGCCGCAGCGCGGCGUGGCCACAUUCGAGGCGCUGCUGGAGCAGCUGACGGAGCGCGUGGAGGUGCCCUUCGGCGUGCGGCGCCUGUACACGCCGACGCACGGGAGCCAGGUGUGCGAGCUGCCCGCGCUGCAGGCCGGCGGCAAGUACGUGGCGGCGGGCCGCGAGCCCUUCAAGAAGCUCGAUUAUAUUCAUAUAGUUCCCAGAAAACCUGUGAGGAUGAGAAAGUUGAAGGAAAUAAAACCAGUGGUGCAUUGUGAUAUUAAUGUGCCUUCCAGGUGGCAGACCCCUCAUCGUAUAUCCCGGCAUAUCAAAUUAUUUACAAUGAGUGGGCAACUCUUGGGCAACUCAAAGGAUUUGCAAGACAACCAUUUCUAUGUUGCGGCGGGACUGGAGACCUUUAAGUGUUUCCCUUACUGGGAGUCCCCGAAGGUUCCCACUGACAUCCAACAAAAAUACACAGACACUGAGAAACGCUCACGGAGAAAGAAAAAAGAGGGCUCCCAAGGGAAAGGACCCCACAGAUGUGACAGCGUUCCACCUAAAGCACAGGAUUCUGUUUUUUACGCCAAAGAAGGAAAAAAGAACACUAUGGUGGAAUCUUUCAUUCAAAGCGGUGCAGAAGGUGAUGUGUAUCAAGCCCAGACCCCUAAUGUGGAAACUCAAGAAGCACCGGAAGUUAAAGAGGACAAGCACGUGCAGGUGGAGGAGCCCAAGGACCAGAUGCCAGCUGAGAUCGUUAAAGAUGAAGAGAUCCAAGCGGACACUCCCGAUCAGGAAGGCAGCGGGCAUCUCUCGAGAACCUCUGCAAGAAUGAAGUGGUUCCGGUUCCUGAAAAAGAACCGCAUGACAUUCUAGAAGGCAAACAUUCCCCUUUGCUACUGGAGACCAGUGACAACGGAGGACCGCAGAGGGGCAGCAGUGGGGCCUCAGGCGCGAGAACCACCACCAAGACGAUCAGGAGAAAAGUCAGAGGAACAGCGACCCCUGGACAGCCACCCCGGGGACGAGCACCCGCAGAGCAAAUGAAAUGCCACGAAAACAACGUCAGCCGGGGUGCGGCGAGCAACAGUCAGAAGCUGGAAGGAUCAGAAGGCGAAUGAAAGUACAAUUAGAUGUUAUUUUUCACAUCAUGCCAAAGACGCAUGUUAGUAGAAUCUUAAAACUGUGAAUUUCGUAUA